AUGGAAGUGGAGAAGAGCAGCAGGAGGAGCUGCUUCACUCAGACCUCCUGCCUGGGUGCAGAUUUAGGGGAGGACUCCCAGCUGGAGUAUCUCAGUGCUCACGAGGAGUACGAGGAGGAGAAGAGCAACUGGAGUGAGUUUUCUGAGCAGGAGGAGGUUGCAGAGGUGAAGGCUGUGCCCCCGCGAAUCACAGCAGGGGAAGAAGCUUCUGGAAAGAGCCUCAGACCCAGCCAGAGCGUGGCAGCGGAGCCAGACAUUGCUUCCCUGCCUCCCAGCCAGGAGGCCCAGCCCUGCAAACAGGGAGAGCCCUCCUACUUCAGCAGCUGUGAAACACCAGCUCGUGGCACCAGCAGCACUGCAGAGGGUGCUGACACCCAGCUCCCAGCCCCUGAAAUCCUCCCUGGCAAGAACCCUCCUGUGGAAGCUGCAGAUAAAUCCUCUGCUGGGAGGUCAGAGCGUGGUGACGCCCUGAGGAGUGUCCCCAGUGUGGCUGUGGAUGUUGGCUCUGAUCCCAGGGCUGGAUUCCCGGCCAGCAGUGCCCAGGUGUGUCUGUGCUCCAGGGCAGUGAGCACAGAGGUGACCGUGGUGAGCAGAGCUCCUCAGGGCUGGCUGGGUCAGACCUCUGUGGAUGCUGCUUCCAACACGGAAUGGCCCACGGGAGCUCUCAGCUCACACCUGCAGGAGGAAUUGAAAGAUCAUCUUGGCUGGAAGACAGGCACCGACAGGCCAGCACAUCCCAGCAAGCAAACUGGGAAGAAUUGUGCAUCGAGCUGCUGUCAGAACGUCCUGCAGAGAGCGAUUGAAGCAGAGCUGCAGCUCCUGGCCAUCCAUUAUGAGAUGUGCUACCAGCACUGCUUGAAGGUUUAUGAGCUGGCUUUGGAGGAAAACACCUGUCUUGGGAGAUGCGAGAAGAAGGCUGAGUUACAUUCGUCUCUGCUGCUGGCUUUGGAUGAACUGGACAAUAAUUACAGCACCAUGAGAAAGGAAAUAAACGUGGGCACACCUUUAAAUGAACUUCCACCACUGUCAGUUGAGCUGAAGUUUCCCCCCCUCUCUUCCUUUUACACUGCCUCCAAGUUUUUCAGAAAGAUUCUUUACUCUGAUUCUCGGUUGUGUUUUAGUGAUCUUUCAGGUGAAGGGAAAGCUGACUUUGAAGAACCAAAACAGCAAGAAAAGGGGAUUUCUGUCAAUAUGGUAGGGAAUUCUUCACUCCUGGGUUUUGGAGAUGAUCAUGCUGAGAAGACAACUCAGAGACUGAUGGUGAUCAGGCAGGUGACUCUGUUUCCCCUGAGAGGCUGUGUAAAAAAUGAGGAAGGAAGUGAGUAUUGGUUUGAUGCUAAGGAAGACUUGUCAGUGGCAGAUAUUUCAGUAAUGUGCAAAGAAAUGAAAAAGCAACAAGGAAAGCAAGACUCGAUUGACUCAAGAGGUAAAGUUGUGUGCUUUAAGCUGAUAACCCAAAUAAUGGUGUUUAAUAUUGGAGUGCUCUGUUCCUUCUCCAAGCUUAAAUACAAAUGGUUUAUGUUUGGAGGCUUGAGUCACAGUGAUGGGUGUGAAGUGAAGAUAGUGGUGAGUGGGAAGGAACAUUCCUCUGUUCCUGUUGGUGACCCAAAGCCCUCAGUGCCUGAGGAUCCUGGGGAAAACUCCCUGCAGAAAACAUCCACUUGUUCCUCACUGAAGUCAUCUUGUAUCUUUGUUUCUCCUUAUGCACUGAACUUGAGCAGCUUUACCAAGUUAGUAAGGAGACUUCAAGACAAGCAUCCAGAGUUCAGCAGAGCUGAAAUUGUGGGGGCUGUGCAGGAGGUGAGGAGAAUGAACAAAGGAGUGCUGAGUGGCUUGGCCAUCAGUGCUAUUGAGGAGAAGGCCUCUGCCAUUCUGAGGAGUUCCACACCCUACUCUCAGUAGGAG